CCGUCCGGCGCCGCGGGCGCGUCUCAGCAGCGCCCACUGCCACAGCCCGGGCCGCAGGUGCCGCCCCCCCAACACACUGCGUCCCGCCCUAGCUCAUCCGCGUUUGCCGUCGGACGGUGCGUGCGUGCGCCUCGUCCGUCCGCGUGUGUGGCCGAGCGCCCCCUUCCUCUGCGGCCAUGAGUCCGCCGCCGCCGCCGCCGCCUCCGACCCCGGCCCCAGACCCCACUAUAGACUCCGCCGCAGACCCCUGCCCCGGGUCAGGAUCUCUGGCUGUCCUAUUCGGGGCUACGGCCGGUGCGCUGGGGCCGGAGCUGGGUUCCGAUGAGACCGACUUAAUCCUCCUAGUAUGGCAAGUGGUGGAGCCGCGAAGCCGCCAGGUGGGGACGCUGCACAAAUCGCUGGUACGAGCCGAGGCGGCUGCACUGAGUCCGCAGUGCCGCGAGGCGAGCGGCCUGAGCGCGGACAGCCUGGCCCGGGCCGAGUCGCUGGACAAGGUGCUUCAGCAGUUCUCACAACUGGUGAACAGGGAUGUGGCUCUGCUGGGCGGAGGCCCCUAUGUGCUCUGCACUGAUGGGCAGCAGCUGUUGCGACAGGUCCUGCAUCCUGAGGCCUCCAGGAAGAAUCUGGUGCUCCCCGACACCUUCUUCUCCUUCUACGACCUCCGCAGAGAGUUCCAUAUGCAGCACCCGAGCACCUGCUCUGCCAGGGACCUCACCGUGGCCACUAUGGCACAGGACUUGGGACUAGAGACAGAUGCCACAGAGGAUGACUUUGGGGUCUGGGAAGUGAAGACAAUGGUGGCUGUCAUCCUCCACCUGCUUGAAGGACCCAGUGGUCAAUUGUUUUCGAAGCCCGAGGUGGUAAAGCAGAAAUAUGAGACAGGGCCUUGCAGCAAGGCUGAUGUGGUGGAAAGUGAGACUGUGGUACGGGCCCGUGGGCUGCCCUGGCAGUCAUCAGACCAGGAUGUGGCUCGCUUCUUCAAAGGGCUGAACAUUGCCAGGGGUGGUGUAGCACUCUGCCUCAACGCCCAGGGCCGAAGAAAUGGUGAGGCCCUCAUCCGCUUCACCGACAGGGAGCAGCGGGACCUAGCACUGCAAAGACACAAGCACCACAUGGGUGUCCGCUAUAUUGAGGUCUAUAAAGCAACAGGGGAGGAGUUUGUGAAGAUUGCAGGGGGCACAUCACUAGAGGUAGCUCGUUUCCUGUCACGGGAAGACCAAGUGAUCCUAAGGCUGCGGGGACUGCCCUUCUCAGCUGGGCCAGCAGAUGUGCUAAGCUUCCUGGGGCCAGAGUGCCCAGUGACUGGGGGUGCUGAUGGGCUGCUCUUUGUGCGCCACCCUGAUGGCAGGCCAACUGGUGAUGCCUUUGCCCUCUUUGCCUGUGAGGAGUUGGCACAGGCUGCACUGCGAAGGCACAAGGGCAUGCUGGGUAAGCGAUACAUUGAACUCUUCCGGAGCACUGCAGCUGAGGUACAGCAGGUCCUGAACCGCUAUGCAUCCAGCCCACUCCUUCCCACAUUGACAGCUCCACUGCUGCCCAUCCCUUUCCCACUGGCAGCUGGGACUGGGAGGGACUGUGUGCGCCUUCGAGGCUUGCCUUACACAGCCACCAUUGAAGAUAUUCUGAGCUUUUUGGGGGAGGCGGCAGCUGACAUACGGCCCCAUGGUGUACACAUGGUGCUCAACCAGCAGGGCCGUCCGUCCGGCGAUGCUUUCAUCCAGAUGACAUCGGCAGAGCGGGCCCUAGCUGCUGCUCAGCGUUGCCACAAGAAGAUGAUGAAGGAGCGCUAUGUGGAGGUGGUCUCCUGUUCUACAGAGGACAUGAGCCGUGUACUGAUGGGGGGAACCUUGAGCCGCAGUGGCAUGUCCCCUCCACCCUGCAAGCUGCCCUGCCUCUCACCACCCACCUACGCCACCUUCCAGGCCACCCCAACCCUCAUUCCCACUGAGACGGCGGCUCUGUAUCCUACUUCAGCACUGCUCCCAACUGCCAGGGUGCCUGCUGCCCCCACCCCUGUUGCCUACUACCCAGGGCCAGCCACUCAACUCUACAUGAACUACACAGCCUACUACCCCAGCCCCCCAGUCUCCCCUACCACCGUGGGCUACCUUGCAACACCCCCUACUGCCCUGGGCUCUACUUCCACCUCAAUGUUGUCUCAGCCAGGAGCCUUGAUCCGAAUGCAGGGUGUCCCUUACACAGCUGGCAUGAAGGAUCUGCUCAGUGUCUUCCAGGCCUACCAGCUGGCCCCUGAUGAUUACACCACUCUGAUGCCUGUUGGUGAUCCACCUCGCCCUGUGUUACAAGCCCCCAAGGAGUGGGUGUGUUUGUAGGCCAGAGGUGGAGGAAUGCCACUCUCCCCACAAAUGCUGAGUCCAACCCUGGCACCGGUCCUGAAGGCGAAAGAGUUGGAAACUCAAGGCCUAAAAGAGAAACAUGCUGAGAAAUUGGUGGCGGACACAAGGCUGCAGUAAGCACUGUCAGAGCCGAUCAGAUCUUCCUCAAUCCAGGGACUCAGGACUCAGUUUACAGCAGGGCCAAAAAGCCAAAAUUAUGAGCAAGCAUACAACUCCUGUUCAAGUCAUCUGUGAUCACAUAUCCUUUCCAAGAGCAGUAACUUCAGAGAUACUCCAGGCUGCCAUGAAACACACCUUUUUCAAUUCAUAUUUUAUUGUUUAAAGUUUUAAAACAAUAAAUGGAUAAAAAAAAGCAGAUAAAAAAUGAAAAUGGUGUUUUAUCAACAUAAAUGGUUUCCUGUUCUUUUUGUUUUGUUUCUUUUUGGAGACAGGGUCUCACUAUGCAGUUUAGGCUAUGUAGCCCAGGCUACAUAGCAACUCAUGGCAAUCCUCCUGCCUCAGCCUCCUGAAUGCUGGGAUCACAGGUGUGCGCCAUUGUGCCCAUUUUUUUUUUUUUUUUUUAAAGACAGAAUCUUGCUAUGUAGUCAACACCAGUGCUAAUAGAUUACAUAGGUCACAGCAUCUGGCCCACUUCUGGCAGCUGCCAGUUUUAAGUUUCUCCUACCCCAACAGCUGGAUUAGUCUGGCACCACAACAAAAGUAGAAUCAUAACUAUCAGCAAUAUUUGCUGUUUUAAAAAAUGAACUUUUUAAUCUAAGAAAUGUUUGAUGCAUCAGUCUGUUGAAAUGCUAUUUCUGGACAUAAGAAUAAGAUGUUUGAGUCAGGCAAGUGACACACUCCUGUAAUGCCAGCACUCUGUAGGCUGAGGCAAGAGGGUUGUCAUGAGUUUAAAACCAGCCUGGGCUACAUAGUUCAAGGUUAGCCUGACAUAACACAGUGAGACCCUAUCUCAGAAAACAAACACAAAACAAAACAUACCAAAAAGGUAAAUUUUUUUUUUGGUACGGGGGAUCAAACUCAGGACCUUUCACUUACAAGGCAGGCGUGGCACCACUGAGCUAAAUCCCUGGCCCAAAAAAUGUAAAAUUCGUUCUCCGGGUAAACAAUUUUAUGGAGAUAUUCCUUUUUGAAAAUGAAAGUAUAUGUAGAUGCAAUUAUUUUCUGAACUGCAAUUGAAAUGAAAAGACAAAUUUAUAGUGGAAAGAAAUACUAACUAAAUGAUUUUUAUUUAUUUAUUUUUUUGGUACCGGGGAUCGAACUCGGGUCUUUGAGCUUUCAAGGCAGGCGGUGGAACCACUGAGCUAAAUCCUCAGCCCUAAAAUGAUUUUUAAAUGUAUGAGAAAUCCAGUAUUACUUUAUGGUUUAUUACUCUGUAAGUUUUGCUUAUAUUUAGCUUCAGGUUGAUAGCGAAAAAGGUCCUGAGUUUGAUCCCUGGUACCAAAAAAAAAAAAAAA